AUCCAUCCGUCUAUCUUGAUCCCCAUCGGGUUAACAUAUUCGAGGGGGAACCGAGCCACAUGGCUGUUACGUAUUUUGAUAAGAUACCUUAUCACUCGAGCGUUUUUUAUAUGCCAGCGGGUUGAGCGGAGAGCGCUGCGCUUUUCGGUUUACAUUCCGCUUUAAAUAGCCGCUCACCAACACCACCCAUUCGGCAUGUGUGUGCGUGUGUGUGUUAGUGUUUUGCCUAUAAACAAUACGCUACUAGAGAAAUCAAAUCAAUUAACGCUGAAGGUGGGAAAUCAAAAGGCAAAGAAAGAGAUCGACGCGACUCAGUUAGUUUCGUUUCAGUUGGUCGCUUGAUCGUUUCGACCACAAAACCUGUGAAUUAUUGAGAACUGAUUCCGCCGCCCUGACUGAGUGACACACAGCGAUCGAGAUACAGUCGGAUACAGUGCUGCGAUCCAGAUCGAGAUUGUCCCAUUAGCCAUUAACAUUAACAACGACGUCGAACGUCGAACGGCGGCGUGGAAAAGUUGGAAAUGCCACAGUUGCGCCGCAUUUUCGUUCGGUCGUGUAUCUGAGCUUAUGCAAACAACUUGUUAUUGAUCUAAGACAUUGGACCUCAAGUGCCGUGUGUGUAAUUGUGGCUGUCAUUGUUAUUGCGAAGAGUGAUUACCAUUGCCAUCGCUAUUGCGAUUGUGACUGUGACUGUGUCGCUUCAAUCGCUCUCCCCGAGUGGCUGAGUGUCGUUUUAUAAUUAGCAGAAUGCGCAAUUGCUUGCCAAAAUUCAGUAAAGUCUUCCGCCGCAAAUCCUCCGCGAAGUCCUCGUCGACCGGCGGACUCGGCCGUGAGAAUCCGUCGAACGAGCCGGACUCCGAUACGGAGCCGUAUGCCAUUGCGGCUAUAGCCGAUCGCGGCGGCGAUAACCGUAAUGAAAGACCGCUGCCAGAUGACGAUAGCAGCCGCCGGCGGUUGAUAAGCGUCGCUCAUUUGAAUUCGGACUCGGAUUUGCCGGCCAACGGCAAAGGCGUUCCCUUCAGCCAACACCGAAGCACCGACGAAGGUUCCUGCCCGGAAAUGAAAGUGGAAACGAUUUCGACGACGACGGCGACAACAGCUGAUUCAGUUCCAUUGGCCAGUGGGCAGGCGGCCAUUUCCCAGCCAUUUGCGGGACGCAAUUCGAGUAAAACGCCCGAGGAAAUGGAGCUGGAAUACGAGGCGACCGUGGAGGCCGAGAGUCGUGACAUAAUGACCCCCCUGCGCCGCAACACAAGGCCGUUGAGCGUGUCCUUCGGCGCAGGACGCACUGCACUGCAGCCGGAAAUAGUCGAGGCCAUACGCAGCCUGGAUGUCCCCGCCCUGCUGCUCAACAACCUGAACCUCGACGGCGGCCGAGGUGCGGAGGUCGAGACCAGGAGUCAGAGUCACAGUCAGAGUCAGAGUGGGGAGAUGUCCCCGGGCCACGAACUCGAGGACUCGGUGGUCCUUCGGCGCAAGGUCAACUGCCUGGAGCGAAAGGCGCACAGUCUGUACGAGCGACGACUGCCCAAGGUGCCGAAACUCCACCUCCUGGUGGCCGGGAAGAAAUCCAAGGCGGACGAGGAAAGGGAGGCGGAGGCCGAGGAGCUGAGGACUUUCCAGCGAAAUCUCAUGGACCUGAAGUAUCCAACCGUGCUGCCACCGAAUCCACCACUUAAGGCCCUUCUGGUGUUCCACAAGUCGGACAGCAUCUGCGAGGCGGUGACCGCCGCCUGCCAGCGCCACCAGCUGGACGUCACGCUGGUCAAGUCGAAGGAGGAGGCCCUGGACACCCUGCAGAAGUCGUAUGCCACCGCCCAGUGCUACCACCUAAUCAUAAUUGAUGCACGCUCCACCAAGAACCUGGACGCCGAGCACAUUGCGAGAACCAUACGUCACACACACGGCCACCAUUUAACGACAAUAAUUGCAGUCUGCAAGAAGAGUUUCUUCGAAAAGGAUGAUGUGCUAAUUGCUCUAUUGGACGCUGGCGUUAAUAGAUGCGUAGCGGAGACGACCAACCUGGCCAUGUGCAGUGUGGAACUGAAGCAGAUACUGCACUCCAUCAUCCGGCCGCACAAUGUCAUGUCCACUCAACAGGCCCUCUACACGGCCCUCCAUCGGCUGAAGGAGGUGGUGCUCAUCACGGACGACUUGCUGCGGAUCCAGUACGCGAACCGUGCCACCGAGAGGCUGCUCAACAUGCGGCUGGACGAGAUCAUUAGCAAGCAGCUGGAGGACAUAUUCGUGUCGGACCUCUCCACCAUCAGUGAGCAGUGCAAGAGCAUCAAGGAGUUCGAUGGCAUCCUCACGGUGCGGCGGAAGAGCCAGGAGGGCAUACCGAUGCACGUCCGCGUGGUGCCUGUGGCAUGCAUCGGCAGCGCACCCACGCACCUGAUUUUCAACUUUGAUGUGCCCGGCGGACAAAUGGACUUCAUAGCCACGCUGCCACAGCCGAAGGAGGCGCCGCGGGGCUCGCUCCACUCGGUGCGUCGGUGCAGCUUUGAUGUGCGCUCCAUCGCCUCCGACGGACUGCGAAGGACGAGCCUGGCGAAGCUGACGUCGCUGCCGCUGGAGGCGCCCAUCACUAAAAUAAUCAAUUUACUAUCACAAGUACAGGAGAAUUGUUCGGCCGAUGAGGCGCGUCUCAUAGACAAGGUCCUGGAGUUCCUCAAGCGCGAAGGACUCUACAGUCCGCAAAUGAAGGAGAUACGAACGGACGAUCCCAUAGCCACCGAUCUGAUUGGUGCCCUGCUAACGGGACCCAGCGUUUACUCAUCGCGCCGCAGCUCGAAUGACUCCAUCAUACGCACGGGCAGCUCCACAAGAACCGCCUCGAUUGUGCCCGCCAAAAUGAAGUCCAAUCCCAUCAUCAUGGAACUACUCGACGAAUCUCUCAGCUGGGACUUUGAUAUUUUCAAAUUGGAGGAGAUCACCGACUACCAUCCGCUGCUCUAUUUGGGCAUGGAAAUGUUCCGCCGCUUCGACGUCUUUGCCACUUUGAACAUCGAUGAGAAUGUCUGCAAGGCCUGGUUGGCCGUAAUCGAGGCCCACUACCGCAAGAGCAACACAUAUCACAAUAGCACUCAUGCCGCGGAUGUAAUGCAGGCCACUGGCGCCUUCAUCACCCAGUUGACCAACAAGGACAUGAUGAUGAUGGAUCGCAUGGAGGAGGCAACUGCUCUGAUUGCUGCCGCUGCCCACGAUGUCGAUCAUCCGGGAAGAUCAUCCGCCUUUUUGUGCAACUCGAACGACGCCUUGGCCGUACUUUACAAUGAUCUGACAGUCCUCGAGAACCAUCAUGCGGCAAUUACCUUCAAGCUGACACUGGGUGACGAUAAGAUCAACAUUUUCAAGAACCUGGACAAGGAGACUUACAAGUCGGCGCGCAGCACCAUAAUCGACAUGAUUUUGGCCACCGAGAUGACCCGCCACUUUGAGCACUUGGCCAAGUUCGUUAGCGUUUUUGGCGGCGAGGAGCCACGUGAUCACAACUCGCAGACGGACGAGGAGACGUCGAUACUCAUGCGCCGCAUGCUGAUCAAGGUGGCCGAUGUGAGCAAUCCCGCCCGGCCAAUGCAGUUCUGCAUCGAGUGGGCCCGCAGGAUCGCCGAGGAGUACUUCAUGCAGACGGACGAGGAGAAGCAGCGGCACCUGCCCAUCGUGAUGCCGAUGUUCGAUCGUGCCACCUGCAGCAUACCAAAGAGCCAGAUUGGCUUCAUCGAAUACAUCAUACAGGACAUGAUUCACGCCUGGGAGAGCUUCAUUGACAUGCCGCAGUUAAUAACCUACAUGCAGAUAAACUACUCGCAGUGGAAGAAGUACGACGAGCAGGGGGUGAACACGCUGGCGGAGAUCAUGGCCAAGCAGCCGCCGGUGGGCAAGAUGGCCAACUCCAAAUAGCAUACGGCCUUCCGGAGAUUGUUCUCGGGUCUACUGAAGCCUCUGCCGGCCCAGGCGCCGGGCACCUCCACAAUUGGCGAGAACGAGAUGGAGGACGUGCUCUAGUGACGGCGUCGAAGGUCCUGCGACGUCUGAAUCCGGACCCGCAGUCUCUCGGCCUGAACUAAAAUCUAAUCUCCCCAUUCGCAGUCGAAGUCGCACUUGAAGCUCAUCCAUCGAUCCGGUUUGGCAGACCGCCGACUCCCCUCCCUCCCCUCCGCAACCCCGCGACCCCCGCAAACAUAUCUCUCAAAGGACCAACGGACCAUGGGUGGCGGUAAAAAAUGGGUGAAAAAAGGUUGCCAAGCGCGGUGUCACAAAAAACAAAACAAAAAAACAAAUAAGCGGUAUCAUACAGAAAUGAAGAAAAAACUAACUAAGGCAAACAAACAUAAUUAAACAAUUAUUGGGCUGGACUCAAAAUUAAAUGUUUAAGAUGCAUCACAAGAAGCGAACUUUCUAUUUCUAUAUAAAUAUAUAUAUAUACAUAUUUACCAUGUGAGUCUGUGUGUGCGUGAGUGUGUAUGUCCCCUCCACCCCCCUCAUAUAAAUGUGUAUGUGUUUAGGCUAACAGACUAGCAGGCUAGCCAACUAGCAAACUAGCAAACAAGCAGAAGAAAUCCCACAGCAUAUUGACCAGAACAUAAUAUAUAUAGAGUAUAUAUAUGGCGUGCGCUUAAUUGUACCUGGCAACGGUAUAACGUAAAACAUUAUAACGGUUUUGGCUAUCGGAUAUUACCAAAACCGAGUGUUACAAGCAUGUAGUUCUCUCCCAUCAUGAAGACAAUCUCUGUUGAAUACUGCAAAGCCAAGUAUAUCUAGUUUAAUCGCUGUCCAAAGUCGAAGGAGAUGCAAACGGAGUUUGGAUUUGGCUUCGGAACGAGUACAAGGCCAUAGCUAGACGAAGACUAUAUACACAUACACAUGCAUGCGAGAUCGUGGCAAGCACUAAAUAUUAACUACUAUCACUAUCGACUAGCUAAACUAACUACAAGUAAACAACUGAAAUGCAACAAACUAAUUCGAAUCCACUCUUGAGACAUAUGAAAUCCUAUGGGGCCCCUUUUACUACCUAAUUAACUAGUUACCUACUUUCCUAACUGAAGAAUAAUGACGAUGAGAAAUGAGAAAUGAGAAAUGAUGAGCUAUCCUAAAACUAAUACUAUUAAUGUUGUUUAGCUUUCUAAGCAUACGGUAUGAGAAAUCAAACUAAACGCAAAUGUUUAACAAUUAAGUGAAAUCCUUUUUGAAAUCUUUUUAUCUAAUUGACUGAACAAAUUACAUAUACAUAUAUAAACCAGAUCUAUUAAUACGAAUUGAUAAUACGUUCUUGUUAUAACUAAAAACAAAAAAAAAAGGAAGAGAAAAGAAAGGAAGAAAAUGAAAUGAAAUGGAAAAGCAAAAUAAUAUAUACAAUAUACAUAUAUACAAUUUAUACAACUUUUACGAAGCAUAUUAUAUAUUUAUAUAUGUCAUACGAUAUCGGCAUUCAUUCACAGAGUUACAGUAAUUUGUAUGUGUUACCAAGGUGUUAAAUCCCGUGCUUCAAAAUGUUUUGAUAGAAGUUAUAUACGUAUACAAGUCCCUCGAUCGAUCGACCUCCUGAACUGUGUAGCAAGUCCCUUGGUCUAGAAAAUCCCCAUCCCCCCCUUAAAACCGCUCAAUCCGACCAACAAGAACCACACACAAUCCACCCACAAACCACCCAUAAACCACUCACAAACCACCCACAAUCCACCACCCACAUUUUCCGUUCCCACACUUCGUAUCACCACUGAUCACAUUUGAAAAGAACACAAAUCGAAAUCAGACAUCGUACUGAGCGAUAGGAGAAUAUAUAUGUAUAUGCAUAUUCAAUGUUGUUAAUAUGUGUGUGUUUCAAUUGUAUGUAUUGGAUUAAAUCGCGUAAACUACAACCAAGCAAAAAACUGGAAUAAUGAAAAACAAAAAUCGCAAGUAAAAUGCGUGACAUAUUCGCAGAGACAUGAUAAAGUAAUAUGCAAAUACAGUUUACAUGUUAUGAUGAAUAUAUGUAUACAUAAAAUAUAUAUAGAUACGGUACUACUAUAUGUUUCACAACACAAAAAUGAUAAACCUUUACAUACAACUAUGUAUAUUUGUUACUACAUCUGUUUGCUCCUUGCAGGUUAAGGAUUAUAAAUGUUAAGAUUUAGUCAAAUUUAUUGUAAAAAAAAACCAAACACAACAAAAAAACAACA